AUGACUUCGGCGAAACGAAUUGGAAACAAAUCUAAAAUAUCUGAAAUUGAUUCUGAUAAUAAUGAUAAUAAUCAUAAUCAUAAUCAUAAUAAUAAUAAUAAUAAUAAUAAUAGCAUUAUUAAAUGGGGAAAAUAUAAUUCAAGUGAAUUAAAUCUUGAAAAUUGCCGGAAUACAUUACUGGAUAAAUUUGAAAAUUUUGCAAAUCAAUUUGCUGCUGGUUGGAAAUAUCAUAUAUCAAAUACAGACGGUAUAAAAGAAGCGUGGAUUCAUUUUGAAGAUUUUUAUACUGAAAUAUGCCUAUUAGCAAUAGAACGUGGAUUAUUUUCCGUUCAUGAUGAAAUUGAACCACGUGAUAUUGCCGGAUUAUUUCCAACUUAUACAAUUACGGAUGAAUACCGUACACCAGAAGAAUGUGAUGAAUUAUUAACAAAAAAAGUUGAUGCAUUAGCAAGCAAAUUAUCACCUAAUUGGACAAAUGCUGUCAUAAAUAUUAAUGACACUUCAAAAGCAUGGG